CCAAAUGUAUAUAAAUGGCCGAGGAGCAUUGAAGUAGCUUCCAAAUUUGGAGUUUCCUCUCUGACAAGAGCACACAGAUGUUUCCUAUCAAAACCAUGAGCCACCAAUACAUAUAUAACUGUCUAUCCGUUCUCCCUUUCUGGUUUUAUAUAUCUCUAUUCUUCAAUUCCCAAUUUAGGGUUCCAAACGCAGAGCUUUUAUGGCUAAUCCUGUACCCGGAUCAUCUGUUAAAUGCUCCGUUUGCUGGGAGGAGGUUUCUGAUACCUCUGGCCGUACAGUCGUCAAGCUUCGCUGCUCUCAUAUGUUUCAUCUUGAUUGCAUUGGUUCAGCUUUUAAUGCUUCAGGUUCUAUGCAAUGCCCCAACUGCCGAAAAGUUGAAAUUGGCUUAUGGAGGCGUUUUGAGAAUAAUAGUCCUGAGGAAAGCAUAGAUGAAGAUGAUAAUGACGAGGAUGUUGAUGAUUUUACUGAAUUGCAGCUAGAUGAUGAUUUUUGUCCUCUUGAUGAACUACUGAUAUUCAAAUUUUGCAGGUCAAACUACUUGUUAUGGCUUUCAUAUCAGAAUAGGAUUCAGCGACAGGAAAUAUUUGCUGGUGAUCUUAAUUUUAAUCAUUUCAUGACUGGGCCGCUUCUGCCUAGUGAGGCUGCUGCUCUCCAUGUUCUCCCUCAUCACUAUCAAAGGAAUUGCUCUUGCAUGUUUGAUAUGCCGUGUGCCCUUCAUAUGGCUGUUAGUCAGAUUUCAGCUCAGGAAGUUCCAUCAUCUAACAUGAGAACGGUUCCUGUCAAUAUACCUCAAAUAUCCAUCGCACAUCAGGCUAUUCUCAAUCCUUGGCAGGGUGCUCAAAGUUCUUUCAGAUCUUCAAUAGAGUCUCAUUCUCUUGGCUAUUACAGUUCAGUUUAUCGCAAUUUUGAAUGGGUGCAGCCACGUAGAAAUUCACCAGCACCAGCUGUGCAUAAUAUGUCAGCUGGCGGGACUGCAGCUAAUGGCAUGCAGGGAUGGUCUCUAGAAAUGAAUGCUGUGCCACUGCCUGAACAAACUAGUACGUACAGCUAUAUAUGUCCCUCCAGUGGAUCCCUGCAGAGCCACCCACUGCCGGUAAAUUUUCAUCGUCACCGUGUUCAAGAUGGGAAUAUUGUGACGCCUCCUGAAUGUUUGCGCAGUGACAUUAAUCCUUUCUGGUAGCGGUAUGAGUAAGCUCCUGGUAGAUGCUGCUGGCCAAAUAGUCCGGAUUUCUUGCAGAAACCAAAUUCUACCUUAAAUUAUGACAGUGCACAGCAUGAACAUUUUGUUUAUCUGAAGUAUAUGACUUCAAUGAUGAAAUUACAGCAGCAAACUGCAAAAUCAGGAAGGUUUUUUCCUUCUUGCUUCUAGUUAUGUAUAAAUGUGAUUUUCAUAGGGAUCAAACCGUUAAUAUUAUGCUGAUUGCACAAAAAAAAAAUUGCAUUCCUGCUGGAUGCUGCUGAUCCCACCAAAAUGGCCAAAGAUGAUUUGAUCCUGAUAUUAUAUCUCGUCACAUUCUAAGGGACACUGAUUUUCUGGGGUAUAAUAUCAUGGGUUUUACUAUUUCAGUCAUUUCAGUCUUGGAGAAGGUUGUCCAUCUUCGCCCGCCGAGUAUAAAGACUCAAUAAAGAGUUGGGUUGAGACCUUCGUGGUGGUCGAGUUGAAGUGGUCGAGUUGAAGGAGAGUUCGGAAAUCAAUUGAGAUGUUGAUCUCUCUUGGGGACCUUGAUAAAGGUUGGGUUGAGACUUUUAUGGUGGUCGAGCUGAAAAAGAGCUUUCUGGCUGAUCCUGUUGGAUCAAAUAUGUCUUCUCCGACUGACCUCUGCAUAGAAGAUAUACGGAAAUAUGAUGUCGAGAAGUGCAUAUUCAUGUCCAACCUCUAAGACUGUCGAGAAGAUGGUAUUGCUAAUAAUUAUUUUCUUGUUUUUCCUUUUUUUGUGUGUGUUUUCUUUUGUCGUUCUAAACUCUAACUUGAGUUGAUUUCUUUUUUUCAGCUUUUGUCCAAUAACAUUAAACUCCCAAAGAAUUUUACCCUGUCCCGAGAGAGCAUGAAGGCCAUGCUGAACGCCUUCAAGGUCGGUAAAACCGUGGCAAAUGUGACCUGCAAGGUCUUCUAGGUCGCUACCUCUGCCUCUGCGAAUCGGACCCCUACCUCAUCUUUGGCAUUGGUACCUGCAGGGGCCUCUUGUUCUGCAGCUUGAGGGCCUCCAUCCUCGCUAAGGCGUCGGCUUCAGCCAAAUUCUCGGCAACCUCUAAGCCGAUUUUCAAGGAGCCCAUAGCCAUCAGUGAAUCUGCUAAGAGUGGUUCUAAGAGGGACGCUGAGGUUGCUCCUUUGGACAUUCAGCCUCUCUAGACUGUUGCCUCCUGACUAUUGCCGCUAUCGUGAUUGGAGGGGCUGCCAAUAAGUGAGCCCGGACCUCUGAGCCUACUUUCAAAGGCAGGGCUACCAAGAGGGCUUGUACUGCAGAGCUUGCAAAGACAGCGCCUCCCCUCUCUGCUGACAAAGGGAAGGGAGCUGUAGAGCAAUUGUCCUCAGCUCUUGACAACGAGCUCUUCAAUGCUAUCGAGGUUACUCCCGAGUCUAUACCAGUUUCGAUAGCUGACAUGCUCUGUGGCAAGAUGUUUGAGGGUCUCCGAAUGCCUCAGAUCCUCAUUUUCUCACCCUCAUCAGCCAUCUUGCUCACUCCACAAAGCAACAAACCGUGUUUAACACUCGUUCCUUGGACAAUCUCGGAAAUAGCUCGAGGGAGAUGGAAGAAGGUGCAGAACAACUCAAUAGAAGAAGCGAAACUCCAGCACAGAUAAACGGACUCGAAACAGCACAUGAACGAGAUAGAAUUAGAGAAUAGCAUCCAAGGAGUCACCCUAAAGUGACGGAAGAAUAAUGAAGGGUAAAAGGAAAGGUCAGGUCAAAAUCGCGUUGUUUGAUAAAAAAGACCAAGUUGCGCUCUUACUAGACGUUUAUCAAGCCUGCCGGCAGUGGGCAAGGGAGAACAAUCCACUUAUUAGGUAAAUGAGCUCUAAUUCUACAGGUGGUAGUGUCAGAAUAAUCACUGAAAAAGUAGUGAGAAAAUGAGGAAGGCCCCUAUCAAGCUUGUUAGUGGUGGUAAGGGAGAACAAUCCGCUUAUUACAUAUAGGAGUUCUAAUUCUAUAGAUAAUAGUGUUAGAAUAGUCACUAGAAAAGUAGUGAGAAAAGGAACAUAAAGGAGCUCUAAUUCUAUAGAUAAUAGUGUUAGAAUAGUCACUAAAAAAGUAGUGAGAAAAGGAGAAAGGGUGAUGGAGAACAUUAGACCUACUAUUUCGGGAAUCCUAGCAUAAGUUAUGAGGAUGGUAGGACGUACCUUGAAUUGAAAAGGCAAGCACUACAUAGAAGAGAAGAGCAAGGAAUUACAUAUAAGAGAAGAGCAAGAUAGCAGAAGCAGCGCAAAAGGCAGAGUAACAAGUAAAAUCAAGAGCGUAAGUUUAAAAUGGAUAAAGGAUAUGAGACAUUUUGACAAGAACUCUCCUAGAGUUGCGCAAUAAUAAUUAGAUUUUCGGGAUUUGCUAAGUAGGGAAAUGUGAACUUGAUGAUAAUUAAACUCUGGACACCCCGGCCCUAGUUGAGCUCGCGUUGGAAAGGUCAAGCCUUAAUUCUAUUAAGGUUCAAUGUAUAGGUCUGCUUUACAUGUAAGCUCAAGCUCCCGACCAUGUUUAUUCCUCUAGUCUCGUGGAAUAAUAAACUCAGUGACGCUCAAGAUCAUGUUCAUAUGGUGCCGGAUGAAAUUAAAUACCUACUUGAUGAUAGAAAAUGAUACAGUACGUUUAUACGUACGGUCAGCGUGACUACGAUAAAAGGGUCGUAUGUGCAUAACUAUGAUAAGAGGGUACAAAUGUAAGACGACAGU